AUGCCACGAACGUACAAAAGAAAAAUUCAGCCGAAAUAUUCAGAAAAAGAUUUACAAGAUGCUUUAACACAGAUAAAUGCACAAGAUCUUUCAGUUGCUGAUGCUGCAGUUCAUUUUCACAUUCCGGUUCGAACAAUUUACAAUAGAUUGUCAAAAAAUCAAACAAAUCUUCGUCCAGGUGGCAAAACAAUCUUAACGAAAGACGAAGAACAGCUUAUUGUUCAUACAAUUAUCUUAUUUCAACAAUGGCAGUGUCCUAUCACACCGUCUACGAUUAUUCAUUUAGCAAAAUCUUAUAUGAUGGAGCUUCAAAAACCGAUCUGUCAGACCUCUACACUUCGAGAUUGGUUCAGCGGCUUUAUGAAAAGAUGGGCAAACGAAUUAAAAAUAGGAAAAACUGAAAAACUUGAAAAGGUGCGGUCAAAUGCUUGCCGUCCGGAAGUUAUUGGUAAGGGUUAA